AUGAUGCACCCUCAACAACAGCAGCAGCAGCAGCAACAACAGCAGCAACAACAACAGCAGCAGCAACACCCGUCACAGCAGCAGCAGCAGCAGCAGCAAUCACCACAGCAGCAGCAUGCACACGCACACUCAAACCCGCACCCGCCGCCUUCCCGCCUCCACCGCCUCGCCCUCAGGAACCCGCCCCUGGCGCACAAGCUCCACCAGAUGGCCCUCCCCCUCUCGCCGCUUGUCCAGCUCACCACCGGUGCCGUCCACCCGCACUUCCCCCGCACUGUCCUGCACUUUUGGCUCCUCACCGACGCCCAGCUCGAGAGCCUCGCCUCCUUCUACCACCAGCGCUCCCCCAGUCCCUGGUCCGCCCAAUACCCCUGCCCCGUCGUCUGGCGCUCCGACCUGCCCCUCGAGGAGAAGCGCCGCCGCAUGGGCAAGUUCAUCGGCCUCCGCGGCUGCGACUCGCCCCCGGACGCCGCUGCCGUUGUCGGCGCCCUGCGCUCCGAGGACGACAUUGCCGACGAAGCCCGCAUGGCCGCUGUCGACGACGAGAUGUGGCGGAGAAAGUUGAAUCCCUGGUGA